CGCCACAGUGAGGGGACUUUGGUACGAAGGAAACUUUUGAUCACCACGGCCAUUAUAUCUCCAGCGGAUGCUUCUCGUCUUCAUGGGCUUGUCCGCACUCUGGCAACAUGCUGAAAUGGACCGCGAAAGCUUCUAUCCUCAUCUCUCCGGCUUUCCGAAGGGUCAUACGGUCCUGCACGUUCUUGAUUACCCAUCAUGGUUUCCUUCCGCAAGUCCCUACUCCAUCAUCUGCGAAUUCCAGCAUCUGAUACCCUGCGCACUGCCAUCGCCGUCCGCACACUCAGACAUCCCUGUUCUCCAUCUCGUCUCCAUCUCGUCUCUACCUCUUCCAGACCGUAUGCUCCGCCAGCAAUCCCUCAUCCCACGACCGCUAUAUUCCCAACUCAUACGCUCUCAAGUACGCGUUACUUGCUGGAAUCAACCCACAAGGUCUCCAUAGCAGCCAGGAGAUCUUGGUAAGAAUUCUAUAAAAGACGUCUAUCCGACCGUUUCGUCGUCUUCACGGCGAUGCAAGGAGCGCUUAUUCUACGGAGCUAAUCUAGAAGCGCAGGAAAUUUCCGCACUUGCAAGUGAUUCGAUACGAACACAGCAGACCUAUCGGAUGCAUCUCUUAAAGGCGCAGGGCCCUCUCGCAGGGAACGAUUCCGACCGACGAACGCGGAAAGAAAUUCUUACACCAUCCUCCUUUAUAACCUGCAUCCG